AGCACCAUAGCUCUUACACACUCAACUUUAAUUCUUUAAUACUAGGUCUAGUGAUGAGUGCGUUAAUUAAUUCCUCUCAUUAAUUAAAUGCACAUUUAUGUCUUCACAGCUCCGACUGGAUGUUGGAGACCCAGUCCACGAGCGUCUGAUGAGGGCUGAACUCCGCCAGCCAAUCAGCUCUCGCGUUACGCCAACAGACGUGGCUGCCCGGCCAAUCACAGCGAGGACGUGGCAGAGAGGCUGCGUCGCUCCUUCAUCACCAUCAUCUUCAUCAGUGAAUUCACAGCAUCGGCACACGAUCCCGCUCAUCUGUUGCCGUGGUGAUGGGCUGUCGACUGUCAUGGCCGUGGAUGGGCGACAGGAUGGGGGUGCACGGUCAGGAUCUGACCCGCCUGCAGAAGCAAGAGGCCUUCCGUAUCCUGGCCAGCUACGAGCAGCCAAUCACGCUUCAGAUUGAGGGCCGGGGGCGGAGCCUGCAGUAUAACAGGACGACGGACUGCAGCACGCAGACGGAGCGACCGUGGGAUCCUCUCCGUCCGCACUCGUGCACCCUGCCACGACUGCCUCCUUCGGACAGGACGUACUACAAUCACAUGACCCUGCCCGGCACCCAUAGAGACGGAAGCAGAUACGAGUACCUACCAAACGUGCCCAGAGACCCAGAGCACAGAGAACGCCUGGCCUACAAUGACUCAGAGUUCUCCAGCGGCGUGUCUCCGGCACAAAACUGUCUGAUCAGAUGCUGUAACGCCAACCUGGAGGAACCCAGAAGUUUCCAGAGUCAGACUGAUGACGAUGACUACAUGAUGGAGAAACCGCUGGGUUACCUGCCUCUUCACCAUGAGCUGGACAGUGGGCUCGGCUGGACGGACGGUAGUUUCCACCAGGGGGAGCUGUCGGGGGUGGAGACGGAGGAGGGGCUUGAGGAAUGCCACGGUCACGGCCGGGGCGGGUCGCCAUCGUCUGAGUCAUUCAUCUCGUCUGAACUUAGCGACUCGGGUUUUUACAGUGUCAGCACCGGCGAGUUUAUGCGUUUCCAGCGUCUGCUCGAGAAACGCAUGCGCCAUUACAACGCCCGCAUGCACCACCAGGGGGAGCCCUGUUCCCGUGAGCGGCGGGAUAGUCAGAUAAAACACCCCCUAGAGGCCAUCCCCGAAACGCUGACGGUCCAGCCUCAAAACGUCUGCGUGCCCGUCCUGGGAUCGCGAGGUCUGUCGCGCGUGUCGUCUGUGCAGUACCGUAAAGUGGAGCGGCCGUGUUUGAACAGGCACAGCUCCAGCAGCGGCUCGCUGUUCAAUCCCGCACUGUACUCCACCUGCAGUACGCCCUCCGGCCAGCGACGGCUGCCACCUCAUCCGAGUUCUACGGGAAUGCUGAGAAGAAGCAGGACACUGCAUCACCGUCCUGCACCCAUGGAGUACCGCAGACGGGCGAGUCACCCAGCCUCGCCCAACUACUGCAGCGGCACGCUGCAUCCCUGCGGCCACAGAGUCGACCCGCCCAUGAAUCUACCUGAGGAGACAGACUUGGCACUUAUGCACACCGCCAAUCGCCCAGCACACCCUGUUGUACUCCCCACUGCACACCCUACACAGACUGUACACGCUACACAUGCAAUGAGUCAACCGUCUCUGAUCUCUCCAGCUGAUGAGCACUGCUAUAUCCCUCCAGAUCUCCAUGACAGCAGCAGGAUCCGAGCAUCCACCGAACCUCAGCUACAGAACAGCUUUGUGACCCAACAGCCGCCCAUCUGGCAAAGGGACGGGCGUUUCCACACCCUAAGCCACACGCCCAGUCAGGAUGCCAAUGACACUUGGCCCAAACCCGCCAACCGUGCAGGCUCAGGGGGCGGAGGCGGUCUCUACAGCACCUUGGAGGGCCACACACCCACUGCUGCCAUCAGGAAACCUUCCGCCGGGAACCUGCGGGCCUUAAGAAACCAGAUGCUGCGGGAUAGAGCAUCCCGUCUGGCGGACGAGCGUAGCGGCAUGAGCACGGAUGAAGAGAGUCACAGCGAGGUCCGAAUGGGUCGCUACUGGAGCCGCACUGAGCGCCGCGAACACAUGCUGCAGAAACAGCGACAGCUGCAGGCUAGAAGCGGCGGCGGCGGCAUAGCCGCGUCAGGAUUGGUGCAUAGCGGCGGAGUCUUGGGAGGAACUAUUGGAGACAGUUGUAGUACCCUUCUCGAGCUGAGCCAGAGGAAACUUAGUCGUCUGAGGACCCGGAAGCUGCUGGACGACUGGACCACCGUAGAGGAACUCCUAACGCACGGAACGCGCCUGGGUCCCAGCGAAGAUGCCCGGCAGCUGCCUACGUCGUUGCUCACCGUCACAACCGUAUAGCGACACCCACCUAGCGUGUGUUUAGACUGACGUGUGUGUGUUUGUGUGUGUUGGACCAGCCGCACUACACAAAGCUACCUCCUGACAUUGAGGUUUACUGUAGAUACAGACGUUUCCGAGCACCGUAGUACAUUGAUUUUUAAAUGUUAUGUUUGCAGUAUCUUGUUUUGCAUUGUGUUGUGAAGAGAUGAUUCAUUAGGAAGAGAAUUCACUGCAGUUUGAUUCGACCGCGUGAAGCAAUACAACAGAGACCGACGCCAGGCAAAGCGGAUUUCAUUUGGUGCCAAGAAAAGUUUACGUUACGGAUCAUUUUAAGGUGGUGCUAAACGAGAGAUUCAUUCCUUCAACAUUAUUUGCAACUAGCUUAUAAACGACAUCUGAAUUACGUCACUUUUGCACAAAAACACAAAACAAAAAACUAAUCCCUUUCUGACUGUCUUCCUCUAGCUAAUUUGUGGCAUUAGCACAGCCCCAAUUUUCAAUCAUGAACCUGAUUCUCUGGGAAUAAUAUUGGAUAAUCUAUCGAUGGAUCACGAGUCGCCGCGAUUGGGUGUGCAGGGUCAUGCUGGAGAUCGGGCAGCGGAAACAUGAGCGUGUGUUGUGAAUGUGUGCGGGUUCUUGCACUAUAACUGUAGUUCUGUAGAGUAUUUUUAAAGCUAUUUUUCUUGUGCUCUUCACAAUUGAUGUCACGAAAAGAAACAAAGAACUUUUAUAAAGAUUCAAACAAGAAUUAUUAGUAGUGUUAAUUUGGAGAGACAGAUGAGGCGCUGAGCUGUGGGUGUUUUUUUGUUUUUUUAUGUGCAAAUGUCAGAUAUUUUCUGCGCACCGUUCCUUAAAUUACGGGGUUUCAAUUCACAAGGAGCCUCGUGAAACGCAAGCAGAAUUAAUUCUGGAAAUUGAUAAAGUGAUAGCAGUUAUCAAACGGUGUUCUGAAUGAUUUAAUCAAAGUAGUUCUGAUCGCAUUUCAUGAACGAAACCUAAUUAUUUUUUAUUAAUUAAGCAGAAAAUCAGGAUUUUUCCCACCUGCACUAUUGUGGUGCACAAGGAGCACUGGAGUGUUUACAAUUUUCCCUCACAACUGUGACUCUGCGGCACAUCUCGCGCUCGCGCCCUCGUUUCUGAGGUGAAAUCACGUCAUUUCCACCGUGAGUCAAGCGCCGUGAAUAAUGGAUGUGAACGGAUGGAACAUUAACAGAAAAACUGCCUCUCAUUGGAUUUUGCUCGUUUCCACUUUUAGAAAUCACUUUCUUGGAAUAUGAUGUACAUGUGGUUGUAAUAAAGAUGAGAUUUUAAUUAGCUA